UUGGCAGUCAGUAACCGUGUUCUUUGUUGUGGUGAGGCCAGAAAACCAUAGAGCGGGACAGAAAACGUGGAGUAGUAGUGAACAUGUAUGUAACCACUUCAGUGAGGGUGUUUAUAGAUCCGCGUCAAUCACAUUUCAUGUCUAGCAACUCUUUUUGACCUCGAAUGUCAACCCUACAUUGUAUAAUAUCACUUUCCUGUCCAUUAGUGAUCCGCCAGAACUACACAGCCAGUCCCCUAGUGUCACUACCACUGGCAACGUGGAUACUGUCUCGCAAAUAUAAAUAAUGGCGCAUGCAGCGCGAGGGGCAGCGGCUCUUGCAGCCUCAGAUGCUCCCACAGCCUUAGCGGAAUACACACAGGCACUGAUUGAACACCCCAAAUCGCCAGACUAUCUCACACAACGCUCAAUCGCAUUCACACGGCUAAAACCGCCGCGGUACGAUCUCGCGCUCCGAGACGCAGAAUACGCCGUUCUUCUCGGAUUCCAGCGAGCAGUGAGAGAAAAGAUCCAAGCGGCACAGCAAAGACGCGUCGUGGCACUUUACGGGCUUGGACGGUACGCGGACGCAAAAUACCUAUUGACAACCAUGGAGCGCUGGAGGCCCAAGGACAACAAGCCGGCCAAGAUGGAAGGUGACAUGUGGAUGGCAAGAGUGGAAUCCAAGUUAAACAGCGUCCCCGAGGCAGACAGAGUGCCGACCGUGAAAGAACGUCCUGAGAUCGAGCUGCUGUCCGAAGAUCAGUUGAGGGCGCAGUACAAAGCCGAACUGAACCCUGAUGGCUCCUACAAACUCGACAACCAAACAUCUGAAGGCCAGUCGUCGACCACGACCACCACUGGCACCACCUCCGGCACCGCGACCACCUCGAACAACGACAAAGCAGCAACAACAUCAACCACUGCUGCCAGUACCGAACCGAAUUCACCGCCUUACAAGGAGUAUCGCUACGACUGGUAUCAGAACGCCCAAUCCGUCAUCGUCAGUAUAUACGUCAAAGGCGUGUCGCGCGACAGUUGCAUAUUCAACAUUUAUGAUGACUCGUUCUGCAUCGAGUUCCUGGACCGUGGACGAAUUUUCCUUCUCGACCCAAUAUUCGCCCUCAUUGACCCUAGCCAAAGCAAAGUUUCAGUUUUUCCAACCAAGAUCGAGUUGACGUUGCACAAAGCCCAGCCAGGACAGAAAUGGCCUUCUUUGGAGGGUACAGAACCCUUGUACACAUCGGCAGACACCAAGACCAACUUUUACAAAGAUGUACUCGCCAAUGCCGCUCCCGCGUCUGAAUCCUCUCAGUCCAAAGCAACAACAACACCGGCAACAACAACAACAACAACAUCGAAUGCACCACCUACGUAUCCGACUUCGUCUCGUCAUGGGCCUAAGGACUGGGACAAACUAGCCAAUGACCUGCAUGCCAAAUCCAAGAAGAAAAAGACCGACAAAAAGAAGGACGAGACGUCUGCCGAGAACAAUGACCCCGGUUCCAAAAAUUCAGAUGACGCUGAGCCCGUCGCCGACGACGACGAUAUCGACUCAGACUUUGAGACAGGUGACCCCGUCGACGCGUUCUUUAAGAAACUCUACUCCAACGCCGAUCCGGAUACCCAGCGGGCCAUGAUGAAAUCCUUCAUCGAGAGCAAAGGAACCGCACUGAGUACGAACUGGUCGGAGGUUGGAAAGGGCCCUGUCGAAGAGGUCAAGAGCAAGAACGAGGAUUGAUGUGUCAAUCCGUCACUUGCAGAACAUAGUAGUCGUACUCAUUGCCAAAUGACUAAUCCAAUCAUGACUCUGUGGCAAAAUUUGAAUGAGAAUGAUACCAAUAAAAGGUCAUGAAGCUUUAAUAUUAAAUGCAGCUUUCCUUUAUACCCCGGAAGUAGCAAUCAAUAAUUUAAUAAGACCGCCUUGGGCGGUACAGUACUAUUCCUAUCCCUCCGAAAAACACACAAUUGCCCACAGUACCCCCUUUUCGUCGCCCAACCGUCCAAACAAUAACGCAACGGCAUUUAUAAAGGUUACAUUCGAGUAGUAAAUUCAAUAAUAUGAAACCGAAACUGUUGCUGUCGUCGCCGCCCUCGUUGGCGUCGAUGGCCCAGUAUUUAUAUCUCCUCCGACAUCAGUUAGCAUGGCCGAGUAUUCCAUCCGGCAGUUGCAGACCGAGACCAAUGCCAACGCCAAUGCCAAUGCCGCCAUUAUUGUAUCCGGGAUUCAUUCUAUCGUUGCCGCCACUCAAGUUGUCACCGUCGUUAUCGUCAUCAUUUUCG